GUACCUUCCCCGAACGAGAGGCGCGCCGAAGUGUUCAUUAUGGACUGGGCUACUCUAGCCUCCUAUUACGUCUCACUGAACUUUGUGGUCACUCCCACAAACGAAUUCGUGUUUUCUUACUAACUUCCCAGCAGUUUUCAUACCAAACGUUACACAUCGUAGAAGUGGAAAAUACAGUCAAAUCUGAUUGAAGAGUUCAUAACUUUUUGAACCAUAUCUUUCUGUGCGCUUGUUCUACAUUCCAACUGCGAGUGAAAGUUACGCAAGACCCAACAUGGACGAGGCAGAGAAGUACCAGCAGAGAGUGCAGGCUAUAGAGGACAAGCGACGUAAGCAGCAGGACGACGAGAAAGCAAGGAGGGAGAUGGAGGAGGAGUGGCUGACGCAGGCCCAGCGCAAGGUCUGUCUGUCUGUCCUUCCCUGUUGUCCUGUUGCAGGGAGCCACAUGGCUGGCAGCUGGUUCACAUGCCCAGGGUGGAGCCCUCCUGUGUGAUGAUAAACUCAAUUAGCUCCAUAACACCAGACAACAUCCCCAACACCAUGAGGUGUCCUGAGGCAUUCUCUAUUCCUCUGUAUAAGAGUCUUUUUCUUCCUCCUUCCUGUUCACCUCUCUUCUGCUCAUCAUCUUACCAUGAUCUCUGCUACCAUGACCUCUGUAACGGAGAGAUAAAUCACAUGAAAGAGAGGAACUGAAAGGAUGAGGUGGUUGUAGAGAAAGAGGGAGGGAGUGAGUCAGAGUGAGAGUGAGAGAGAGCUGUGCAUUGUGUUGAUCUUUGUCAGUAACUCUUUCCUCCACUGGGACCACCAGCACUGAUCCCUGUUGGACCCCAUUAACUCCUUCACGUCAGAUCAGGGGUGGAGUGGCUAGAACCGCUCCAUCAACACAUAUCACUCAGGCAGCCGCCCACACAAAUAGUCUACUCUACAUUACUGGGUUUGCCUGAGGAUGUGUGCUGUGCUGGCGGCACCAGCCUUACACAUGGCAGAGGAAAGAGAGUUGUCUGAAGCCACAGGGCUUCCUUCUUCCUCAGUGUGAAGUGUGAGAACAGUCUCUUGUUCGCAGUCAGCCCAGAAGUUAGAGCAUCUCUGUAAGCACAGCUCACUUCCCCUCCUGUCUUACAUUUCUUUUCUGACUCUGAGCACAGUAAGAGACUGGUCCACAUGGAGUGGUCACAUACUUUCCAUCCAAAAGGUUGUCUUGGCAAAUAGUUGUGAACAAGGCCAACUUAAUGUCACCACCACUCCAAUAUAAUGUUGUGUCAUUGUCACCACUGUCUGUCUGUUGUUGUGGAUUGGCUUCCUCUCACACUCCCCACAUCGUCGUAUUGAUGAGGCUUGGAGCCAGGUAGGACUAUGUUCACCCCUCGGCUUGGUGUUGUCAUACCUGAGUUAGAAUGAAAGGAGGACCCCUCCUUUACUGUACCUCUGGGCUCUGGAAGGUUUCUGCUUCAAAGGUUAAAAGGGAACUAACUGAGUCGUAGCAAAUGUAGGUUGGUCCAUUUACAAACACUCUCUAAAUUAACAUGGUCAGGUUUAUUAUUGUCAGUCUCAAUCAAACCCCUUGUGAUCAAGCCUACACCCGGGUUUGGGGACAGUUUGGGGGCAGUUUCUCCCUCACAGACAGAUAACACCAGGCUCUUGGCCUCACUCAUCCUGCUGGAGAUCCAAAAUGGCAGCCAGAGCUCUGUGUCUAGGGGCUGUUUGUUUUGGUUACUGCAUGCUGGAUAACUGUUUCAGUAUUCAUAGAGACAGAAGGCUUUUGUUUUUGUUAGCUUCUUUUGCUAUGGGGAAUUUGAGAGAAUAGGCUUGUUUUGGAAGGAUGAGCUGGCAGUUGGGGGAGCUGCAUGCUGAGAGAGAAGGCUCAGAGCAUAGGCUGUUUCAUGCAUAUGCUAACUGCACAGGACAUAGCAGACCCUAGUCAUAGUCACCAACCCUCUUUCUCUCUCCAUCCCUCUCUCUCUCUCUCUCUCUCUCCCUCCAUCCCUCUCUCUCUCUCUCCAAAUCUCUCCUCACAGCGGAAGUCCUUGAGGGACCAGUGGCUGAGCGAGAACCCCCAGCCUGUCCCUGGGCGCAGUGCUGAGAACUACACAGAGGAGUUGCCAACUGAAGAGGAUAUAGUGGAGGUCAUUGAAUCAACAAGCUACACAGUCACCAAUGCCCAGAACCACAGCCAGGCUGACAUUGAAGAGGGUGGGAUACAAGACAUCAUCAGAGCUGCUGGGGGUCAGCUCCCUGGGCCAGUAAUGGAGACGCUUCUCCAUGAGAAUGGACUGGAAGGUCGAUCAGUGCUGGGGAUGGUUACAGUGCAGGUGGAGAGGGAUUCAAAGACAGGGGUCACCAAGAUCAGGUCUGUGGUGCCCGUGUCUGGAGCACCCAGGGCCUUGGGGGAGACGGUGUUCAAUGACAGCAGGAAGAGUGUCCACCACGUCGGUGGGGCAGAGGGGCAGCCUUCUGCUGAGGAGCUGGGACAGCUCCUUAGUGUCAUCAACGAUGUCGGGAUGCAAGUGCUGCUGGAUGAGAUCCCAGUUGUACCACAACAGAAGGCAGAGGAGAAGAUAGAGGUUGGUGGUGGGAUGGAGGAGGAGGUGGACAAUGUGGAGGACCCUGCCGCACCUACAUCCCUGGGCUACACUGAGGAAGAGGUUGAGGUUGUGGGGUAUGAGGAUGAUGAGAUGGACGAGGAGAUAGAAAUAGGAGUGGUGGAAAUUGUGGAGGGGCCUAUCCGACCGACCGACCUGGGCUACACUGAGGAAAAGGUUGAGGAUCUGGGCUAUGAGGAUGAUGAGAUGGACAGGGAGACAGGAGUAGGUCAGGUAGACCUUGUGGAGGGCACUGUCACACUGACCUUCCUGGGCUACACUGAGGUAAAGUCAGAGAGCGAGGGUCUGGGCCAUGAGAAUGAUAGAGAGUUGGUGGAGGUGGAGAGGGUGAUCAUUUCUGACGCAGGUGAGGAGGAGAUUGUUCUUCAGUCUCCGGUUCUUGGGUCUGAGACUGAACCCUUCCUGGGCUACACUGAGCAAGAGGUUGAGGCUGUGGUGCAUGAGGAUGAUGAGGAGGACGUGAGUGGAUUGGUUGUCUUUGUGGAGGGCCCUGUCCCACCUGUCAUCCUGGGCUACACUCAGGAAGAGGUUGAGGAUCUGGGACAUGAGGAUGAUCCCCCCAGACCAACCCCACGCUACAGAGCCGAGGAAACAUUAAAGAGGUCAUCCAAACACAAUACCAAGUGCUGCUCUAUCAUGUGAUUCUGCACAUGAUAGAGCAUCACCCCCCCAUUCCUCUAAGCUGUGCCACUCAUGAUGAAUGGUCUGUAUGUGUGGCCUAAAUCUACAACAUUGUCUAAAUUGCACAGGAUGUGCUCCAGAGAAGCGUGUCUUUGCUCCUCAUCUAAAAUGUCACUGGUAUCCUCUGAGACUACAGUCCCACAUGGCUUGUGUCAAGGAGUGUUUACUGUUAUCCUCCUCUCAUCAAACAGCUCUGUGAACAGACUCCAGUGUGACUGUUACAAAGCCCUUCUGCCUCCUGCUGGACACAGUUCAGUAAUGCGACUAGGUUUUACUGCCAGAAUCCCAGCAGCACUCAUCUCACACUCCUCUGGAUUGGUUGUGUCAGCCCAAAAAACGUACUCCGCAUUAUGUCCUCUAGGAAUGAACCAAAGAUGAAGAAUACAACAACCACUGAUCUGUUUCUUUUUGGAAAUAGAUUUUUAAAUAUUCAUCUCAGAAAUGCCCGAUGUGCCUAUUUCAAUGGCAACUAACCCUUUUGUUCUCUACUUUUAGAGUGUCCGCAUCAGUAAUACAAAUGUUAUGGUUAUGAAUAUGAUAUUGUAUUCCGUCACUGACCAAAACAGUCUGUUAAAGAAGGGUUGGUUGCCAUUACAUCUAUUCAGUGCGAUUUGUAUGUGUAAGUGUGUUUGGUAGUUGAAUUUUGAUUUAGCCAUGUCUGUUAAUUAAUGAAGGUGGAUUAAAAGAAAACUGGAAUGUGUGUGAUUAUCAAAACACAAUAUAUUUCAUAUUCUUAAAAAUGUUGUUAGUCUCGGUCUCUCCUUUUGAUCAGCAGUAGCAACGUUCCUGUCAGGACGUUCAUGUAUAGGACUCUUUAUUGCAACUGAGCUGUGACAUACCAUUAAAGACACGCUACGGAA